CGGGCGAGGGGGCCAUCACGAUGCCGGCACAACAUUGUGAUGUCUGUCAGCCAUCAGCGACUAAUCUGACUAAUCCUUUGUUUUCAUUUUCAGGGUCGACAUGUCAAAACAGGACAGCUGGCGGCAAUCAAAGUCAUGGAUGUCACAGAGGAUGAGGAGGAUGAGAUCAAACUUGAGAUUAACAUGCUGAAGAAAUACUCCCACCACAGAAACAUUGCCACAUACUAUGGUGCGUUUAUCAAGAAGAGUCCUCCUGGACAUGAUGACCAGCUGUGGUUGGUCAUGGAGUUUUGUGGUGCUGGCUCUAUAACAGACCUUGUUAAGAACACCAAAGGCAACAGUUUGAAAGAAGACUGGAUUGCAUACAUCUCCAGAGAGAUUCUGAGAGGUCUGGCCCAUUUGCAUGCCCACCAUGUCAUCCAUCGUGACAUCAAGGGUCAGAAUGUGCUAUUAACAGAGAAUGCAGAGGUGAAACUGGUUGACUUUGGUGUGAGCGCACAGUUGGACAGGACAGUUGGCAGGAGAAACACUUUCAUUGGCACUCCUUAUUGGAUGGCGCCAGAGGUCAUUGCCUGUGAUGAGAACCCAGAAGCGACAUAUGACUAUAGA